CCCGGAGAGACCAUCGAGCUUUCAUCUCUGGUGCGCACGGGGCAUUCCAUUGCGCUCUGAACAAGGGGCAAGGACACAAGUGGAGAAAGCCUAUUUCGAGCUAAUUUCAUAUAGUGUAGGCCUAAAAACUAGACAAUUCGGCGUAGAAAGUGUUUUUUUACGGAGUAUAUUGCACAUGUACUUUGUUUAGCAGCGCCUUCUAAAAAUGUUGGACCAUUUUGCGAAUGUCUUCCAUUUCAGGGCCGGUGGUGGUACUGCUGAUGGUACUCCAGUGGGCAGGACGAGGCCUCCCUUCUCCUGUCAGGCCCAUCUGUGACCCCCGCGUCCUGGAUCGCUUCAUCAUGGAGGCCCGCGACACAGAGACAGCUCUGCGAGGUUGCAAGGCAGGGUGUGGAGUGACAGGCACAUUUGUGGUUCCUCUGACAAAUGUUGACUUUGUAGUCUGGGAGAAAAAGGAUACUGGGGAGCAGGCUUUGGAGGUCCAGUCGGGGAUGUCUCUGUUCGGCCAGGCCCUGGGUGCUGUGAGGGAGUCAGUGAGCCGUGUUGCCGUGCAGAUCCUCAUCGACAACAACAAGAGCAACAUCCACAGCCUGGGCCAAGUGCUGCGCAGCCUCCACAUCCAGGACCUGCCCCUUCCUCCAGCACCAGCAGUAGGUGACUUAGUGACUAGGAAGGUGUCAUCCUUAUCUGAGCUGCUCCAUGUCCACACCAACUUCCUACGAGGGAAGGUUCGCCUGCUGCUCACCAACGCACCUGCCUGUCAACAGAACAGUACUUGAUUGGAGCUUUCCUCAAAGGCAGAAGAGGCUGUGAUUGGACCAUUGUUUAGAGAGAGGAUGAGGUGAUUGGACUUUUGCUGAAACCUCUGAAUGGCUUACCAAGUAUGGAAUGUGUAGACAAGGUGAUUGCUGACCGGACAAAAACUGGUGGAUAAGUAAGUUCCCUGUGGGUGGAGUUGGUGAGAACAUGAAUGAGUGAGAGAGAAAAAAACGGAAGUUCUACCUAGCAGUACUGCCAAAGAGCUCUGAUGCAUGCAGUGGAAUAAGCUACAGAUAGAACACAUCAUAGAAGAUCAUAAAUAAAGUCCUACAUUCAAGAAUUUUAUAUUAUGUUCUAUUUAUACAGUUUGCAUUAAACUUGUCUUAAACGUGUUUUUAUAUAAAUCUCUAUUUUCAUAUAUGAGUGUGUCCCUUUUAGUCUUUGAACCAUAGGUUUCUCAUUGAUGCUAAGGUUUAACAUACUGAAGUCAGUGUUUGUGUGUUCAUGUAAUAUGCUUGCUCAAUGCUGUUAUAAUUCAGACCACAGGUACACUUUGCUGCAGGACAAUAUAUUGAUCACUUCUCACUGUGUGCUCUCUGCACUCUGUCUGUCUGUACCCCUCCCUCCCUCCAUGCCCCCUCUCUCUCCCUUUCUCUGGCUCACCCUCUCUUUGGGGUCAGAGCAGACAUUGUAUUUCACCACCAGGCAGCACAUACAGCUCUCCGGCCUGGCAGGCAGAGAAUUGAAGAUGAGAAUGAGUUCAGUUGCUGGAUACAGUUCUGCACUCUGUUGCCCUCUGCUGGAUAGACCGUGACAUCAUUGCCCUACUUAGACCCCGCAUACACAAAGAACAGCUCUAUGGCUAUAAAAAGAAAAAGACAUCAUCAUGAAAUCAUCUCAUAUUUGUGCAUAUAGACCAAAUGUUCACCAGAAACAAAAAACACACAAAAGAACACCAACCAAAGUAUGUCAACAUGGGUAAUUAUUAAUCAGAUCAGCAACCACUCACAGAUUAUCAAUUUAAAUAAUUAGAUGUUGUGUGUUCAUAGACAAUAACAGGGAGGCAAAUGUGAUAAUUUGUUUAAGAAUGUAUUUUUAAUGUUCUCCAUUUCAGGUGCACAACAUACAGUCUGUUAUAGCCUCUAUAUGAAAUAGAAAUAUUAACUUCAUUCUUUAAACCCGUUCGUUAUGCUUCCUUACAGUGUCUUAAUCCUCCAGUAAGUGCUGAUUUCAGACUAAAUGAAAACAGAGACAAACAGGUGCAAACCUUUUUGGGCAACCCAGCGUGAACCUCGGAAAAGUAGAGAUUUGCAUCCUUGUAAUGUUUCUUUGUAACAUUGAGCCAACGUCAGACUUUAGUGUCACUGUGUAAACUUGGUGAGAGUGUGCUUCCAGUCUGUUGGCUGUCAUAUCCCUGGUUUCCAAAUUUCUGUCAUAUUUUUUUUUUUUUUUUAGAAAAAUACUGUAUUUUUUCACUUUUCCUUUUUGGAAACAUGGGCCUCUCAAAUGGACAGCAAACAGGUGAGCUGAUAUUCGCAGAAAAUGACUUAAACAGAGAGUGUGCAUGGCAGACAUAAUAGUAAAGGAUAGCAAAGCAACCACAACCAUCAGAGUCUGAAACAAGACUAAAGAGUACAAAGGAGUUGACAACAUACUGUACCUGUUCUAAGCUAUGGGUAAUACUGUAUGUCAUAUCUCAGGACAGUGAGUGUCACUAACAAGUACCAACAGCACCACCAUCAAGAUUCAAGUUUCCUAGUUCUGUAGGUUUGGGUUGAGCACAGUUUCAAACCAUGACUUUAUCUCUACCACUCCCCAUCAGUUCCUUCCUCUUUCUUUCCUUCUGUCUCUCGCUCUUGAUCACUCUCCCAUUUUCUUUUUCUCUGUAUCCCUAUUCUCUCUAAAUCUGCUAUUUAUGCAGCUCUUAUCUUUGGCCACUUAACGGAUGCAAAAGGCUCAUCUUAAAUGAAUCCAGACAAAAUCUGUCUUCAUGAUUGAUGUGGCAAUUGACAAUUGUGCAAGUAAUGCCCACCUCCAUCCAGAACCCCACACACGUCCAGUAUGUCCUUUCUACCCUAGAGAAACCUGAGCCAUAUCCCCUUCACUAUCGCUAUUAUGUUGAACUCAAUCAUGCUAGGAUUUUAGAUGUAGUUCACAGAUCAUUCAUGUAUGUUAAUAACUGUCUACAUGUUCCCAUAACUUGUUGCACGUUGACCUUGAAAAUCUAAGAAAUAAAGAGAAUCAAACAACAACGGA